AUGUCUCUUGUGGCUUACGAAUAUAGUAGCGAUGAGGGAUCGGACGGUGAUGAGUCAGGCGAACCAAAUCAGGAUCCGGUAGCAACAACGCAAAAGCGGACGCAUCCUGAAGAAUCAAUGGAAGUAGAUAUCGAAAACACCCCCGUGAAACAUUUGCACCUUCCAGCUCCCAAGAAGACAAACGAUCUUAACGUAGAGGAAGAUGACGACGAAUUCCUACACAAAAAAGCAAUACCUGAUAACAUUGCACUAGAGAAACCACCAGCAGCGACUAAUUUAACAAUAAAACCUAAGAUUCGAAACGGUAAGGUGCAGAUUACCAUUCCGUCCAUGAAAGAGUUCAACGACAUCGACGAUACUAAGGAAACAAAAAAGAUAGAAAAGCAGAUGAUUGGAGCAGCAUUACCUAAAAAAAGCACAAGUCUGUUGAGUUUACUACCGAAACCUAGAACGUCCAUGUUUGAUGCGCCAAAGCCCUCUGGUCGUUACUACGAUCAUCUGCUGAGAAACGAAUGGAAUGUUUUACUAGAAUCAGACGAUUUUGCGGAGGUGCUCAACACGGAACUGUUUCAAACAAGCGCUUCAACUGAUGAAUUACUGCAUCUCGCCGUUGGCAGCCUACUGACGUUGGUGCAGUAUAAUUUUUUAGGUCCUCGAGAAACCCACAACGAAGAUGGAACACAUGGUGAUCAUGGAUCAAAGGUGGUUUUAACGCAACUUAAGUUCGACGGAGAAGAGCUGAACGUGAACGUGAGGCGACCUGAAUGUUUGUUAGUUUGUAAAAAAAUUUUUGAUCACCUCAUCCAUUCAACCGAUGCACCUACCGAGCUUGGUGUACGCAUUUGGUAUCAACGAUAUCUGCUCAUACAUCAGCGCUGUUUGGAUGAUCUCACGCAUAGCUUGUACGAACGGUUCAACGCCAAUGUGGCCGUACUCGAGAGUGCUCUGGUCGAAGCCGAUACGACGACGAAGCUAGAACAUUACUUAGAAAUUCUUCUCGGGUAUAUACAAUUCAAACGAAUCACUAAAUCAGAACAGUGGUUAAACAAGCUAGAAUCUGCAACGGGCAUAACAGUUUCCGUCGAGGGAGCUCUAGGUGUACGCACAAAGUUUCAGCAAAAUCCAUUGCCACAGCUAACGCUACGCGUGCAGGGUACCGAUGGACUCGGAUUACCAGACUCCUCUGAAACCCAUGGGCACGUGGCCUUACCAACAAUCCUAAAACUCGAGGACGACGUACGUUUGGAUAAGAUAAAAUUUGUAAAUGACGAAGAAAAUGACGACGUGCAACUUCCUGCCCUGAUACAGAAUAUGGUGCUGGGAAAAUUAUAUUUGCUUUAUGUCUCUCAACCGAAGGAGCAGUUAACGCUGGAAGAGUUGUCCCCAUACAUUACUUCACUCGCAUACCAACGAUUCGGGCCGUGGGCUACGAGAGUGGCCGCACUUUUUCUCAACGCCAGCAUGGAAGCAACGCAUAAACGCACCGUUGACAGAUCCUUGCGACAGAUUGAAGAGCUGGCUCAGCAACUGGAUCUUCCAGCCAAGGAGACACCAACGGUAGCUAUCACUGAUCGUCUUUCGCUGGUGUUCAGUUCGUGGCUCAUUUCCAGCUGGCAGUUACAAGAGAAACUGGCAGACAUUAUGGUUAGCCUGGGUAUGGUAAAAGGCGCCCUCGAUAUCUACAUCAACGUGCAGAGCUGGGAGAAUGUGAUCGACUGCUACACGGUUCUCGAGAUGCGCCACCUUGCUGCGGAGGUUAUCGGUCAGCUGAUAGAGCGCAAUGGACCCUCGGUGCGCUUGUACUGCAUGCUCGGUGAUGCCACCGAUGACGUCGCAUGCUAUCAGAAAGCUUGGGAGCUUUCCGAGGAGAAAAGUGCAACCGCCCAACGACACUGGGGUAAUCAUUACUUUGUCCGCAAGGACUACAAUGCAGCGAUCGGGCAUUUGCGCCGCUCGAUAGAGAUCAAUUGUCUGCAGGAGCCGACACUACUGCGGCUCGGUUAUGCUGCCCUACAGCUCGAACGUUGGGAGGAAGCUGCUUACGCCUACCGGUUGUACACGUCCUUCGAAAGUCACGGUUUCGAAUCGUGGAACAAUUUGGCCAAAGCGUACAUCAUGCUGGGCGAAAAAACGCGUGCUCACAAAGUGCUACAGGAAGCCUUGAAGUGCAACUUCAGCAAUUGGAAGGUAUGGGAGAACUUUCUUAUCGUCAGUGUGGACACCCGCAACGUCGAGGAUGCUUUGAACGCGUAUGAACAGUUGCUAGCGCUGAAAGAACGCUUCUACGACAGGCAAGUGCUGGACAUUGUCGUACGAGCGAUAGCACUGGACGAGAAGGACGCCGAUGGACAAUCGUGCGCUCGGCUGAAAAAGAAAGCCAUCAAACUGCUCGGUCACGCGUGUGCUCAGCAACCGAACAAUGGUUAUCUGUACGCGUUGGCCGCUGAGCUGGAGGACACAGACCAGCUCAAACGCUGCCAGAAACUGCAGAAUGCCUACCGAGGCUACACGCAAUCGAAUAGCCAGUGGGCAAAAGCCGCCCAAAGCUGUCUCACGGUUGUGAAUCUUUGUGUGGAUCUUUGCGAGUGCAGCCUGCAGGCGUUUCAGGCAGCCAAGUCAAACAAGGACCAAUUCGUAGCACAUCGAUCGCAGCUUUCUUCGGCACGCCUUACCGGACAGGCAUGUUUGCGAUCGGCUACGAACGAAGCGUGGCCAGAAUGUGUUGAGCCAUUAGCCGCGCUAGAAGAACUAAUAGGAAAACUAACGACCGAAUUGAAGGAGGCAAUGGCACAGUAA